CCAAUAUCGAUUUUCGCGAUUUAUCACUAGGCGCCUAGACAGUCUCUACUCAUACCACGGAUGUCUGGAUCUUCCAGGUCGUUGAUCAAGGCAUUGGACUCCGUGUUCAUCGAGUGGAACGAUGACGAGCCUCCCAGCCAGCUCCUGGCAGCCACCAGCGAAGUGAUCCGGUGCUUUCACUCCAAGCACAACACUCUCCACAUCCUCAAACAGAGCACCAGUAUCAACGACGAGCUCUUCCGCAUCUACAACACCUACAUCAAGCCAGACCCCCGGCUCUCCAAGGAGUCAGUGUUCCUUGUGAUCUUGCGCCAGCUUCUGUGCGUUUUGACCAGGAAAGAGGUCCACCUCUGGUUGAAGACCUACCUCAAGCCUGCCAUCGACAGCGCUGGCUACGACCUUGGGUUCGUGGCAAAAGCCAGGGACUUCAUACGAUCGGUGUUGACCGACACUGCAGAAACAGCAGACCCAGAACGCAGGGACUACAUCGCUAACAUCGAACAGAGUGUGGGAGAGAUCCUCCUCGAGGUGUACCUCGGCAUCAACGAACAGGCCAGGGUCGACUGGUUGCGAUUGGAGGUCCAGGAGCACGAGAAGAUGACCCAGGUGCACCAGGAGCGUAUACGAUAUAUCAAGCACAACAGCAUGGUUCUUAUCGAGGAGUACGGACAGAAAAAGCCCCUCAACUACUUGAACCUCCUCAAUAAGCAUUUCGUCGUCCCCAAAGAACGUUUUGAGACCUCUGUGCUUAUCUCCUCCUUUGUGGCCUCGCUCAAGGGUGGCCUUGGCGACGUCAGCUCCACUCCCUUGCUCGGUUCAUUGAUAAAAUGCUUGUUGUACGACUUCAACCAUAAAAUCCUUAGAGUCACCUUGUCCAUUUUGACAAUGAUCAUGCCACAAUUAACUGAGUAUACCCAAUUGUGGCCCGAUCUCUGCGUCGUAAUGAUCCGCAUGUUGGCAUGGGAUGAUCUGGAUCCUAAAAAUGCCAAACAGUUGGAAAUGAUCAAGGAAUACAUAUUAAAAAUUAAUGACAAAUGGGGAAUAUUGAACGAGGAUUCAAAUUCGAUUGAUUUCCAUUUUACAGGGUUGUUGCAGUUCAGAAAGACAAUCGAUUACUCCCCUUUUGGCACUCUCUUGUACGGAUUGUUCCCAUUUAAUUUGAAAAAACUCGCGAGGGCCCCACUAAAGUUUUGCCAGGAACUCAAAUACAAUGUGAUUGACUCUACAUAUCUAGAAGUCAUGGGAUUGACCUCUAAACUAUUCGAGAACACGGUCAGAAGCAAGUUAAAGAAACUUUUGAUGGAAUUCAGGGUGCAUCCGAAGUUCGUGGAGUUCGAGACAGAAAAAGAAAACGAAGCUCAAGACCCUUUCAAAUGGAUUAGAGAUGCUCAUAGCGAUUCAAAAUCAGGAACUUUGCUGCCUGAAGAGAUAUCUAUAGCUUGUUUCAAUCUUCAUCCGGAUCUUAUGGUUGAUAUAAGUGAUACUAUACUUCAUUCUCUAUCUUCCAAGUCUAUGAAUCAAACCAGGCCUCUUAACAAUUUUGGAGGCUCCUUUGAGACUGUGGGGAGGACCUCAAAUAAUUCACAACAAGAAUUCAACCAUAUCUCUAGAAAGCUGUCGAUAGGAAGUCCAGUCUAUUUCAACGUUAAGGACUCGUUAUCGAGUAAGGUCCUAAUGCAGCAGUCGUUUCAAAAUCUCAGUAGAAAAAUGUCUAUUAUUCCUACUAAUAUGGUGAUAGAUGCACCAGUGCAUGAAGAAGGCUCAGAAAUUAAAUUCAAGGAUACGAUGUUCAAUGAAGGAGUACAAGAUUCCAAAGAUAGAAAUGAGAGCUUUCUCUCUGACAGUGACAAGGUUUACUACUCAGAAAGUGAUUUUCCCCAAAGAAAAUUCUCUGCAGAUUAUCACCACCACGAAGGGCCCACUAUUGAGCGCAAUCAAUUGAAGUCUGAUCCGUUGGGCGACCUCAUGAGCACGCAUGAAACACUUUUUGGCCCUAAAAGCAAAGGCACAUCAAUAGUGGUACCCACUCAAAAACUAGAUGAACCAGAUUUCGGAGGUAAAAAGUCUACUUCUUUUUUGGGUGAUAGAUUCAAGAAUGACUUAUUCUAUUCCAAACACAUCUCAUCACCUACUACAUCGUUGGAAACGGCUCCUGCCCAUAAAGGAUCUAUGGUUAGUUCAGGUGGAUCAACACUCUCCAAUUCAGAAACAAUUGCUGGACUCAAUGGGUCCUCAUUUGGGGACAAAGGGACAGGGACAGCUCUAGAGUUUUACCAGAGAGAACUUUUACUUGUAAAGAAUGAGUACGAGUUCGCCAGUUUCAUGAAACACAUGAAUAAAUUUCGGUACAUUAAGUUGAAGCUUCAAAUGAGUAAUACGACCAAGAAUGCCACGGGGGAGCAUACCACAUCAGCUGACAAGUCUAUUGAAGAUGACAUGUAUCUGACUUUGGACUAUUUAAAAGAGUUGACUGUUGAGCUCAAGAAUGAGAAUACAAAUAUGAAACAGGAACUCAUCGGCAAGCUCGAGAAGCUAAGAGAGGAGAAUGAACUUCUGAAGCAGCAAUUAAACAAUCUUCAUAAUGAUAAGCAAGAAUCCGAUGAACAGCUAGUUAAAGUGUUAGAUGAAAUUUCCCAGAAAGACUACGAGUUGGGACAAAUGAGAAUCAAAAUCAGUGAGAUGGAGUCCCAGAAACAGUCCGACACUCGUAACUCUCCACAAGAGCUAGAAAGAGAACAAAUUGAAGACCCUCUCCCCAAUACUGAGCUGGCAGCAGAAGACGAAAAGAUGUAUAAGCUCAACACAGAAAUAGGCAUUUUAAGAGAAACUAACCACAAGAUGACUUUAGAAUUGGAGCAAUCCAGAGAGGACUACUUGGCGAUGACCAAGAACUACGAGAAGAAACUCGCGGCAUCCAAGCUCGAGUUGAAUGAGAACAUCAACUCAUUCACUUCGCAAUACGAAAAGAAGAUACAGGAACUCUCCACCACACUCUUGAAGUACGAGACAUUAUUGGAUGAGAAAAAUGCAAGAUUAAUACAGGUAUUAUCAUCGAAGCCAAUAUCCAUUCCAAGCACCCCCGACCACUACCGGAGCUCAAGUGGCGGAAAGAUCCCGAUGAGAAGCUCGCGCAUGUCCACAUCAGAUUCAGAAGUCGGGUUUGACAACAAGACCAGGUCCAACUCAUCCUUAGAUGGCAUUCCCCAUGCACCUACCCAUCAACUCCAGUUUCCACCCAGCUUUGCGCCUCCUGCUGCCGGAAAAAGCACCACGGUUACCUCGAACGUACAGCCGGUGCCGAUCAUAAGGGGACGUGGUGGAUACCAGAAACGUUCCAAAAAGCUCAUGUAAUACGAAGUGAUUACAAUAUUUCCGGGAUGCGAAUCAAUAGUCAGAUUACGAAGGAGGCGGCACAUACCAUUCAGUGCAGUAACCAUUGGCUGGUGUCGAACUAUGAGAGCAUUGAAGAAUUAAUUUCAGAUAAACCUGGGCUCUCAAUUCAAGACACGAAGUUUGACUCGGGAGUGAUAUUUAUGCUAUACUUCAUUAUAGUUCUAUACCGGAGACUAAUAGCAAACAGGCCCACAACCACUAAAACAGGCAGUGCAGCCCAUGUAGUGCAUAUAUC